GAGCGCCGGAGGCGGGGCUCGUGCUCGGCGCGGUGGUGCUCGCGGUGCAUCCCGAGCGCGGCGUCGUGGGCGGUAUGUCUCGGGCGAAUGGGGACGCGCGUGGGGGCACGGAGGGGGACGGCGCUGCGGCUACCGGCCCCUUCGGCUUCAGUCCGGAGCCCACGCUCGAGGACAUCCGCCGCCUCCAUGCUGAGUUUGCUGCUGAACGAGACUGGGGCCAGUUCCACCAGCCUCGGAACCUCCUCCUGGCCUUGGUGGGGGAAGUGGGGGAGCUGGCAGAACUCUUUCAGUGGAAGCCCGAUGAAGAGCCUGGCCCCCAAGCCUGGCCCCCCAGGGAACGGGCAGCCCUUCAGGAGGAGCUUAGUGACGUCCUCAUCUACCUGGUAGCGUUAGCAGCCCGCUGCCAUGUGGAUCUGCCCCGAGCGGUGCUCUCCAAGAUGGAACUCAACCGCCGGCGCUACCCAGCACAUCUGUCCCGCGGCUCUGCCCUCAAGUAUACAGACUUGCCCCAUGGGGCCACCUCUGAAGACCAAGCUGUCGGGGCUGGAGACCGUGACCGUGAGUCCAAAGGCCAGGCCUCAACCUAGAAACAUGGACACAGGACUUUGCAACCCAGCAUGGCAUCUGAGAAGCAGAGUAUGGCCUGGCCAUGGAAAUUUGUUCUAGUCCUUUCCUAAUGGAUCGGGGACCUGCGGACUUCCUAAGGCCUGCGGCCCAAACACCUCCAGACAGCCUCCUGUUAUUUUUUUCACGCAUUAAAAGUUUUGGUUAGCAA